CCAUAUUGCAUCAGCAUGUUGGAAGAAACGUGGCCUGAGUGGUUGUCUGAGGAGGUGAAAACUGGAACGACCAUCAUUGCCAUAGAGUUUAAUGGAGGGGUCGUGCUGGGGUCUGAUUCUCGAGUGUCUGCAGGGUCCUCAGUGGUGAACAGGGUGAUGAACAAGCUGUCUCCCCUCCAUGACAAGAUCUACUGUGCUCUGUCGGGCUCUGCAGCAGACGCUCAGACCAUCGCUGAGAUGGUCAACUACCAGCUCGACGUCCACAGCUCUCUCUUUGGCAAUGAACCGGGAUGGCUCCAGUGGCGGUGUGGCCUAUAUUGUCUCCAUUGAUGAACACGGCACAGAAGAGAAAGUUAUUCUAGGGAAUGACUUACCAACCUUCUUUGACCAGUGAUACAUAUGUAGUUUUUUCUCAUCCCUAUUUUGCUAAGCCACUGUUGUGCAGGUUACAAUUAGGUAUUCCCAAUAGUCAUUAUUGCACAUGCUUUUUGGUUCAGCUGUCAACUAAUUCAUCUUAUAAAUUAAAAAUACUUUGACUAAUAAUUCUAUUUACGAAAAUGCAUUGUUCUAUGAUUCCCAAAGCUAUUUCAAGUGUAAUAUUAGGUAGCCUUGGUGUGUGUAUACUGUAAUUUAAAAGCUGCUCACUCCCUCAGAUCAUCAGAUAAAGCUGAGUAAGCUUGUGGCUCAUCAUUAGAGACUUUGAAAUAUAACAAAGAAGAAGGUUAUCUCACCAGAAGGAUGAAAGAAAACAUUUUGUUAGCUCUGUCCCUUCACCAAGUUCAGGACAGCUUUACAGAGGUAGAUGUGGACAUUGCCCGUGUCUAUCAAAUGGUCUCUAGCCAUCAGGUCACUUCCUUCUCUUAAACUUGUUCAAGACCAAUUUUUCAGUCCAUUCGGCUCCAGCUUGUGUUUUAAUUGUCCUGAGUGGCAAGGAAGUAAAUGCACCUUCCUUUCACAAAACCUGAAGACCCCUCAUAGACUGUAUAUUAACAGUCUAUGAGAACCCCUGACAUUCCUUUAUCCUCACUAGUCCCACAGAAACACGCCCACACUUUCUCUAACAGCAGCAGCAGUUGUCUGUCAGGUAUUCAGUCUGACAACCUAUCAGCAAAAAGUGAAAGUCAAAUUUGUUGCACAACCAGAAGAUUAUGUCACCCUUUUUUCUUAAGUGUUUUUAGAUUUAGAUUUGCUUAUUGAUGGUUUGUCACCUGCCUACAGGAUUUGUCUGAACAUAAUUAAAAGCAUGAUUAAAUUGACAUACAUUGUGAAAAUACACUAACAUGGCAUAUCAAAACAUGAUUUAAUGUCAAUUGUGGGAAAUUUAAAAAUAAUUAAAGGCCAUGCGUUGAAAAAUUCA